CCCCAGUUGCCGCUGCCCAAAGACGACGACACGAAAGCCACAAAUCAAGCAACAUUUGCCCCAACCACAUCCGACAACAACAACCACGAACUGGAGAUGGAGCGUCUGCGCCUGAACGGAUCCGGAUCCUCACAGCAGCAGCUGUCGAAUAAACAGAAAUGGUCCUUUGGUCGACUCUUUCGCAAAAAGAAGGAUGCGGCCGAUUGCAGCGCCAGCUCCAGCGAGGAGGACCGCAAGGCCGGUUUUGUGCCCGCCCAGCGCCAAAGCGCAACGAAACCCAAAGCCAAACAUCACGCCAAGUCCGCACGGAGCAACAGCAGCAACAAAGCGCUCGGCUUCGAUCACAUCGUGAUGCCAUCAACCCAGUCCCAGUCGCAGUCCCAAGUGCAUCCCGCCCAGCCACAGCACAUAGACAACGAGUUCUUUUUGCCCGUGGAGAUGGUACCGCCAGAGCCAUACUAUCAGAACCAGCCGGGCUACUACAGCCGCUCCAGCAACUCCCUAGAUCGCCGGCUCUAUCUGUCACAGCAGGCGCCGCCGGGUGGGAAUAUGCCGCCACCUAAAUCCCGUUCCGGUCACCGCGGCAAGGUGCCGGGCCACUCCAGCGAGGAGGAGAUCAUCUCGCUAAACUCCUCCACCUUCUCCAAGUAUCGCAGCGACGAGAGCAUACACAGCGGCGGCCAGGCGCUGCAGGGAUACGGCGCACCCGGCCAGAGUAGACGCAGUCGCGCCGCCCGCAACGAGCGUUACUAUAAAAGAUUGUCCCGCGACGGCGAAGUCAGCCAUGGCGGUGUGCCUGUUCAGCAGCAGCAGCAGCAGCAGCAGCAGCAACAGGUGAUGGUGCCCACGCAGCGUUACAAGACGCAGCCAUUGCCCUUGUCCAUCUACCAGGCAGCACCCAGCUCCUCCGUUGCCGCCUUCUCCGGCUAUGUGCAAUGGCAGCCGCAGGUGCGUCCCUUGCAGAACUCCAUGCAGAACGAUGCGAAGCGCAGCAUCAGCUACGAUAGCCAAAUGCAUUUGCAGAAUGCGAAUGGACGGAUGCAGAGCAAGCCGAUGCCGCUGCCGCCACCGCCGCCUCCGCGAGAUCCCUUGCGGCGCGUCCAUGCCGGCUACAGUUCCAGCGAUUUGCGUCCCGUCUCGUACGCCUUCGAUCAGGGCGGGCGCUGUGUGUCCGACGAUCGGAUGUGGCAGCCACCGCAUUACCAAUCUGUGCACUCGCUCAAUUCCCAGCCAGGCGGCUCCAUAGCCAGUGCCCCGGUCACCGAGCAGCCCGAGCAAGCGCAUCAACAUCAUCGUCGGUUCAUUACCCGCUCGGAGCGGAACGCCCUGCCGGGCAAGAAGUCGCUGCCCAAUGGCAUCGACUUCCGCUAUGUGGCCGAUGCGACGCCGCGCUCAAGGAAGCCCAUUCAUAUGCUGGACCCCAGUGCCGGACUGCGUGAGCCAAAGCCCGGCCUGCCGGCUUCCAGCGGCGUUUUGCGCACCUCAAAGAGCGGAUUGCCCAGCUCCAGCGAGGGUGGGCAGUCCCUGGCUAAGCCGCGCUCCAUUUCCAGUUCGCGAAUCAGCGAGCUGCGUAGCUAUCCCAUGCCCAUGUACUCUGAAGUGCAGAAGCCCAAGCGAGCAGCGCCUGCUCCCGCUCCCGUUCCCACUCCGGAGACGGACAACGUCAUCUGCGGCAGUUUGCACAUCAAGCCUGGCGAGCAUGGCAGCCAGAACUAUGUGGAGAUACGUCAUCGAGAUGUGUAUAAGACCAACUCCAUGCCGCAUCAUUACCAGCGUCGAUCCGGCGAGGAUUUGCCCAACAAGUACGAGGAGUAUGUGGCCGAGAAACGGGAACAGCAUCAACAGGCGCCGGCGCCCAUCUUUGCCGAACGCAAGGGCAGCGCCCCAGCCAUAACGCCCAUCUAUUUUCCACGCAAGAAGCCUGCCAAUCUGGAGGAGGCCAUUAGCGAGCUAGAGGCCAUUUACAAGUCGCUCGGGCUCACCGAACCGCCGGAGCCCAAGUCGGAGCCCAAGUCGGAGUCCAAGUCGGAGCCCAAGUCGGAACCCAAACCGCGUCUGCCCACGCCGAGUGACUUUGAGAAAUUCGCCCUGGCCCAUGCCGAUGACUACGAGGACGAGGACUCGCCAGCGGGUGAGCCGGAUCCGGUGCGCGACGAUGUCGCCUAUCGCAACCUGCAGCUGGCCAAUUUGCAGUAUCGCGCCGCGGACAGGCAGCCGCCCUUCGGGAUACCCGUCGGCCCGAUUGUGCCGGCGCCGCAGAGCGACUAUCUCCAUGUGGAGCCUGUGCAGAAGAAGAAGCAAAGCGGUUCGCCGGACAUUGUCAAAGAUGAUUUGGCCGUGCGUGCGCUGCGCAAAGAUCCGCCCGGUCCCAAGUCCAGCUACAACUAUCCGAUGCAGAAAAAACAGCGUGCGACGCGCACCCAAUCCGCCAACAUAUACAAUCUGAUCCAGCGGGCCGCAGCGAAGCCGUCUGGCGGGGAUCUCAGCAGCUAUAUCGAGCUGACGCGCAGCAUCGAACGCGCCGGCUCCAUGUCCAAUCUGGGCGUGACGGAGGCGAGCGAUACCAGCGAUAUACCGGGCACCUUGGAUCUCCUGCGAAAGCUCAAGGCCCAGGACGAGGAGCUCAACAGAAAGCCGCACAUACCGUUCAGGCAUCCGAAUCAGGGUGGCGCUAUAGCCCAGCUGCCGGAGCGUCUGGGACACGAUGAAACGGCAAAGUUGCCUCCGGUGCCGGCGCCACGCAAGAGCCUAACGCCCGAACCUCUUCUGGAGGAUGCGCUGAACAAGAUUGCGCAGGAUGCGCAGGCGAGCAGCAUCAAACUAACCCAGGAGCUGGACGAGCUGCGCAAGGAAGCGCUCAUCACGGCUGCCAGGCCCAAACUGAAUCCGGAGCAGCAAAAGCUGGAACAGGAGCUGCAGCAGAUCGAGGCAGUCUCCGAGGCGGCCAAGCGCUGUGGCCAGCUGCUCCUCGACACUCUGCCCGACCAUGAUCAGCCGGACAGCGAGCAGCCGCAGCAGCGAAAACUGCACAAGGAGGGGAAAUUGAUACGCGCCAUCGACGAGGUGUCCGAGGCGGCAAACGCGGUUUGCGAGAAGAUCCUCAAGGAUAUUGUGACCACCGAACCGCCCGUGGUUGUGCACGAGGCGCUGCAGGUAAAGCAGGAGCAGCAGCUGGUGAUGCCACAUCUCAUCAGGAAACUGGAUCCCAUACAGUCGGACAAGAUCGAGGCGAUUGCCAAGCGCUGCAUGCGACAGCUUAGCGAAUUGGCCGAGCCCGAGCAGGAGCCGGAGCCCGGGCCGGACUACGACAAUCUGGCCGCGUGUAAUAUGAGCACAGCUGGAACUGGAGCUGGAGUCCACGCUGAUGCCACUCUCAUUUGUCCCAUUGCAGAGGCCCGGACACGGGCGCAGGCCAAGUCCCAAACGCUCGACGAUAUCGAUCGCAUUAUGCAGGAGUGCGAGCGUCAGGCGCGCGAAACGGGUCCCGGGAGCAGCUGCAGCAGGACAACGACAACAGCAACCACUGCGUCCAGCACGGAUGAUCAGCGCACCACGGCGCCCAGCAUGAGCAGCGGCAGUGGCAGCGGGAGUAGGAGUGGGUGUGGCAGUCACCAGGCAACCACUGUAAGCACCACCGCAUCCUCGUUCAGCUCCAGCAGCGAUUGCCUGGCCAAGUCAUCGAGUCCGUCGAAUGCCAGUCGGCCCAUGUCCUCGAGCAUAACCUCAUUUAAUCCGUACUCCUCGAGCGACUACAUCAAGUCGCAGAGCAGCGAUUAUCAUGCACCCAGCACUGAUCCCAUCAAGACAUUCAGCACCACGUCCUAUGAUGCGGAGACGACGCCCAACAACACCACAAUCAGCACCACCAGCACACAGAGCACUACACAGAGCAGCACCACAACCACCGAGAAUCAAACCGCCAGCGCAGCGUCGCCGUCGCCGACCUCGUCGUCAUCCGCCUCAUCCCCGCCGUUGCAAUUGACGCCUGUUGGCGAACGCAGAGCACGCUCCUCGUCGCCCUCGCAGUACAAUUCGAGCGAGGAGCUGGCCGCUAUCUUUGGCAUCGAGGAGAAGCCAGCGAAACAGCUGCGUCGCAAGCAGCCGCCGGUUAACCCAACAGAAACUUUUGCGGCCUCAAGUGACUUAUCCACAGCAUCCGCCACUGCCAAAACCAGCUGCCAGCAACAAGUAGAGGAACAACAACAGCAACAACAACCAUCGGACGAAUCAGUUGGCUCCUCAGCUCGAGUCUCGUAUCGGGGACAGCAUCCGCACUUUCAUCAUCAUACGACGCCCGCCUAUUACACGGAUCUGCAGCUGCGCAUCCAUACGCCGAAUGCGUCGGAUGUUGGUGCGUUGAAUGAGAAUUAUCAGAGUGUGUACAGCACGCCCAGCACUCAGCUGGUGGAGCAGCGCAGCUUUCCCAAGACAAGUGCGGCCCCAGCAAAUCAACGAGCAACAUUUUUUCGACUUGGCGACUCUGUGUCCACAGGGAAAAACAACGGAAGCAGCAGCAGCAGCAAGGAACGCUGCGCCAAAUCCUUGCCGCCCUCUGUGAACCCUACAAAAGGUGAAGAAGUUAGCCGAACCGAAUCCUCCCCCCAAAAUCCUAUUAUUGCCAGCAAUAGUAGUUGUAGAUCACCCGUAGCCCCCCUGGCUAGCCCCGUAGUAGUUGCUGGUGUGUCCGGCCGCAACAGUCGCCACACACAUCGCUUCCAGCAGCGCUCCAAGCGGGCCGUGCGAGUGCGCAGCGAGUCGCGUCCAAUUAGCGCGCUCUACGACAUAAUAUGCAAGGAGAAGGGCCUCGACGUAGGCGAUUCGACCACGACCAGCAGCAGCAGCAACAGCAGCAACGAGGAGCAGCAACCGGAGGAGCAGCCAAAGCAGCAGCAGCAGCAAAAGGAGUUGGACAAAAGCGACAAGCUGGCGACCUUUUGGCCCUUGCAUCACCAAUUCCACAGACCUUCAAUGAGCAGCGUUAACAGAAGCCCGAAAUCGGAGCAGUCGGAUAAGCGCCAGCAGCUGACCAAGCAGAAGCGCGUUCGCGCCUCAGCUGAUGCCGCCGGUUCCACGGAUGACAACGACGAUGAAUCACCCUAUGCGCUGCACUCUAGUCAGAAGACAACCAAUCUGGGUCUGAGCAAGGCCAACUCGCUGCCGCCCUCAGAGUCAAUGUCGAGCUACCUCAAGCAGCAUGCGCAGCCCCAGCUCCAGCUCCAGUUGGCGCAGCCCCAGCUCCAGUCGGCUUCGGCCAUGCCAGCAGUUCAUCUGUUGGAGGAUCCACCAUUGACGCAUGAGCGCGCGGCCAAAAGCCUCGAGCCAGCUGCAAGGAUAACGUCUUCGGCCUCGCAGCUGGUGAUGAGCUACAUGGACGGCCAGCCGUUUAGUACGGAGCGCAUGUUUGUGGAGCCACCGAAGCUGUCGCUGCCGGAGCUCAACCGUCGGGUCAGCAGCAAGAAGCAGCUGGACGCGGACGAGCAGCAGGAAUUGAAUUCGAGCCCUUACAAGGAGGGCGAGGUCUUAGAGACGCUCGCUCGCUGGCAACAGGAGCUGAGCUCCACCAAUGACAAGUCCGCGCAGUUUUUAAACGGUGCUAAUGGUCACAAUCAUCAUCAUCCUUAUCAGCGCGAACAUCAUUAUCAUGAACUGUCCGCAUCUCCCGCACCAUCUGACCAUCUGUAUCCCGUGGCACUAGAAGAUCCUCAACAGACCCAGACCCAGUCUCAGCCUCAGUCGCAAUCCAAUCAUCACCAUCACCAGGCGACCAACGCACGCAGAUUCAUAACUCGGACGCCGCGCUCCGGCAGCCGUCAAAGUGCAGGCCACUCGUCGCCGCCACCGCCAGCCGGCUAUCACAGCGACUCAUCCUACAGCUCGCCAUCGCCCACACGUAGACACCACCCAGCAACAACUGCAACAGCUGCAACAGAAGUAAUUGCAACCGAUCCGCAAUCCUCAGCGAACGGCAACAGCUCCGCUUAUGAGACGGCAGCCACCUCUGUGAUGACACAUGCCAAGCCGGCGCCAGAUCAAUUGCAGGCCGGGCACAUUGAAGUUCCUAAGACUACGUCACCAGCGUCUCAGACAAACGCAACGUCCGUCGUCAGCACACGGCCCGCAUCCAUCAACUCAGACCGCAAAAAAGAGGAGGAUCAGCAGCAGCAGCGUCCACGUUUCAGUUCUCCCAGUGCGCUGCGAACGAACUCCACGCCGCCGGCUCGACGACUGAGCAGCUCGGAGCUGUCGCCCAAGUGCAGCGGAUUCAGGUCCGAUCCCAGCGGCAGUGCCGCCCGUCUGCAGCCGCCGGCGCGGUCCGCUUCACAGCCAACGGAGCCCUUCGAGCGCCGCCCACUGGUGGCCACGGCCAAUAACGUGAUCAUGAAGCAGAAUCUGUGCGAGCUACAUUUCACGGGCGGCAUACUCAGUCCGCCCAAGAUGGAGUGCACGUUGCGCAUGCGUCCCCGGAGCUCCACACUGUGCGACGAAGCGGAGCCCGAGAGCGGAAGUGCUGCGGCGAGCAGGCCACGUGAUAAUCUGACCAACUCCAAGCUGAGUCCCGUGCAAAAGCACAAGCAAACCCCGGAGGCCUCACCUCUGCCACGUCGCGGCGGCGAUCGCGACAAAUCGGCCAAGCGUAAAUCAAACCUGAACCGAUCCCACAAUGAGGAAGCCACCAAGGAUAGCGAUGAGGCUGCGUCUGUGCGUAGACGACGGCGUCGCGAACUGGGCAUGGCUCGCCCGCUGCUGCCAGGGGAUGACGAGUCGCUGCGAGAGUUGUUGCAGUCGCCGCAGAAGAGCUCCUGCAGUGAGUCCACCUCCAAGUCGGAGUCGUUGCGCCAGGCACGCGGCAUUAGCCAGAAGCUCAACGAGCGCACCAAAACGGAGCUGGCCGAGAUCAAGAAGAUUGCCGAACAGGCGCAGCAGCCUGAUGAGACAUGCAACGAGCAGCAGCCACAGGAUCUGAAAAUGUCGCCCAUACUGCGACGAAAGAGCACGGAUGAGCUGGCUGCCUCGGUAGCAACAACACAGAAUUCACCGCCCGCACCCAACCAGAUUGUCUCCAUAUUGAAGAAGAAGGAGCACGCGUUCGGCGAGUGCAACUCGAGCGCUUCCAGCAAUGCCUCGCCGGUGACCUUCUCCGCCACGGUGCUGGACACGCCGCUGGCGAGCAGCCGCAGUAAGCGCCAGGGCAUACUGAAAAAGCGAUCCAGCCUGGACGAAUCGCGCUACUAUUCGCGCUCCCAUUCGCCGGACGAACGUAGCAUUCUCAUCAAGUCAGCGCGUCGCAAUUCACUGGAGGAGGCGGGCAGCGCUCUGAGUCCCGGCCAGGCACAUGGCAUCCUCAAGCAGAGCAGCUACGAAAGCACCAAGAGCGAGGGCUGCCCCUCGGCAAAUGAAUGCCAGCCUCAUAGCAUAUUGAAGAAGAAGGACUCGCUGUCGACGCCCUCGGAUGGCGGUGCGCACAUAUCCAAGCAUGUGUCCAUCUCGCAGGCAGUUACGUUGGCUGCCGCCGAGCUAGCCGCACAUGACAGCGUAAUCAUGGGCCCCGAGGAUGGGGAGGAGCAUGAAAUACGACCCAUACUUAAGCAGGAGAGCACCUCCAGCGAGGAGGCGACGCGCCCGCCGAAGCCCAUUCUCAAGAAGAAAUCAUUCGGCGAGGCGGACGAGCACGAGAUUCGGCCCAUACUCAAGAGCAGUCGCAAGAGCAGCCGCGAGGAGUUCGACCUCAGUGAGGUCACCCAGGAAGCCUAUGACCCGACUGCCAAUGAGGCAGCCGCCAUGCGUCCCAUAUUGAAAACUGAUUCGCCUUCCAAGCGUCGCUCGCUCUGUUCCACGCAAGCCAAAGAAGAGGACAGCUCGGCAAGUCUACUCAAGCGACGCACACGCUCGCUGGAGCGUCAGGAUGCUCCGCCCCACAUGGACCUGGCUGCCGCCUUGGAUGCCAUAACCAACUCGCAGGCGACAGCCACACCCCUCACGCCCGUUGACCUGGUGGCGACGCCAUCGAACAUCUCGGUAGCCGAGCGCAUCAAGCACAUGGAAAUGCUCUCGACACCCACUUCCCAAUCAGCCGGCGGCGCAGCUGUUGGCAUAAACAGCAGCUGGGAAUCCCCGCUGCAGCACGACUCGAGCCUCACGCCAAAGCUGCUCAAGCCCAGCGUUCUGCGCCGGGACCUCUACAAGGAUCGCUUCAAGACGCAGCCCGUAACCAGCGAGGAGAAGAGCUUCUUUCAAGCGAACUCGGCGCCAUUUGACAUUUCGGCAACGUCGGCCUUUAAGCCUACCAAGCCGCUGGACAUUCGCAUCGGAGCGCAGCUUCAGCAGCAGCAGCAGCAGCAACAACAACAGCCGUUAAUUUCGCCCAUCACCGGACAACCGUUAAGCCACGUGCCGGCCCCCCUGCUGCUCUCCUCGUCGACGCUUUCGACCGCCGGCAGCUCGUACCGUUUGGCGCGCAGCUCAACGCAGCCGCUGCAGUCGCCGCGCGUUGUUCACCUCGCCGCCCAGGGCGCAGGCACUUCGCCAUCCACGUCCAGCUUGACAAAUUCGCCGCAGUCUCUGCUGCGACAGCAUUCGGUCAGCGUCAGUGACAGCGUCAGCCUUAGCGAACAGCUGACCGUGUCCGUGGGCAACGACAGCGAACACAUCUUCGAGAUGUCCGGCUUGGACAAUGACUCGGCGUUGGGCGAGGAUGCAUCCACAGCCACCCAAUCGAGCGGCAUAGGCGUGGGCGUGGCACGCAGCAGCAGCGUUCGCGCGCGUGCCAACAUGUUCCAGCAGUUGCAGGAGCAAUCGCGCAGCCGUCGGGAGGCGGCCGGUAGAGAGCAGUUGCCGUCGCAAUCCCGCUCGCUGGCCAACAGUCAAGCAACUUCUCACCACUCGCCGCCGCCGUCGGCAACAGUCGACGGUGUUGCUCUGCACACUUCGGUAUUAAACGACGAAUCGAGUACGCCAAAUACAACGCAGGAUGCAACCGAUGCCGAGUUCGAACCAUCAUCGUUGUCGCUGGCCGAACGGCUGGCCUUCUUCAGCAGCCUGUGCGAGGGCGCCGCAUGUGGCAGCGGGGGCAACACGGCUUCCACGGGCGGCGCCCGCCUGCCCAGCGCCUCGCGCAGUCCGCCCUACGCCUCCAUGAUGGAGCGCUCGCCACGCAGCAGCACAACGGGCAGCAGCGUCAGCGUCACGCCCACGCCCAUGGAAUGCUCGCCCAUCAUACACGACCUCAAGCUGCCGCAGGAGCAGGCUCAGCUGGACGUGGAGCAGUUUCACAAUGGCUUCCAUGAGCUCAGCCGCUCGGCCACGGCGCCGACAACAGCGACAAUAACCACGCCCCUACUCGAUGCCGCGCCCACCGCACCGCGGCGCCUGAGAUUACGCACGGUGGGUAAGCUAGUGCUGCCGGAUACCUUCCUCACAGAUCGCAACAAGAACAACAACAACAACAACGGGCAUCGUAACAGCUGUCUGGGCCGCAUGCAGACACUGGAAGACAUACACAUCUCAAUGGGCGUGCGCACCAUUGGCAAGAUCAAGUCGCCGUUCAUCGAGCAGCAGCAUCAGCAGCAGCAGCACCAGCACCAGCACCAGUCCACGCCCACAGACACAUCCCAGAGCAAGUCGGCCAAGCUUGAGCACCAUGACAGUGGCGACGAUGCGCACGGCUCGGAUUCCGGCAAGGAGAACUGUGCCGCCAACCAGCAGAAGCGAGAAGAGGAGCAGCAGGCGUCACAGACGACACAGCAUAUACCGGAGCUGCGUCGCAAGCUGACGCACCUGGCCCAGAUCACGGUGCAACAGAAGGCGCCGCAAAUAAAUCGCCGCCACACGACAGAGCUGGGCGGAAGCCCGGCCGCCGGCAAUCGCUCGGCGAACCGCUCACAGGUGGACGAGCGCUUCGCCAAGUACUUCGGACUCGAUGAGAGCUACAACUCGACCACGACGCUGCUCAAGACGCGCUCCAUGCCCACUAAAAUGCAACAGCCCCAGGAGGCGCUCAAUGAGCAUGUGCGUCUGCCACAUCUACAGGGCGCCGCCGCCAACUUUGGCCUGGGCACCAGCAUUGUCCAGAGGCGUCGCGAGCUGCUCAAGCGCACGCGCGCCAUGUCCUUCGAGACGUCCGCUUGUAAUGGCUGCGUCAGCCCCACGGCCAUGCCCAGUCCGAAACGGGCCCAUUCUCCGGUGGGCGGCAACCCAUCGCGGGGGGGGCUGAACAUUGCCAGCUAUGAGGAUAUUGUGAUCACAGCGGAUGAGCUGCAUGCGGCCGGGCAGGAGUUUAGGCGAUUGUGUGGCGAGAUUUUGGGCACAUGAAAAAUUGUAAAUUUUUGGCUAACCUAUUAAAAUUUCACAAAUUU